CAUUUAAUUCCUUCUAUAGUUCUUAUUUCUCUCAUAGUUUUCGCUUCAUCCUCGCAGCACCAAUCUCUCGAUUAAUUAUUCCGAUAAUAUAGUACUACGCCGAUCCCUCGGGUCACGUUGAAAGCCUCACUACCUCCCUCGAUUUUUCUUUCAUUUAUGCGUUUCAACUUUGAGUUGCAGUGAAUUAAUUAGAUCGAAUGGAGAGAGAUUUCAUGGGGUUGACUGUAAAACAAGAAAUCCUUGAAGAACCGGCCACGGAUCCAGCUGGAUCAACAAGUUCGGCAAUGCAUUGGUCAUUUUCCAACAAGGCUCAUCCUCAAUACCACCUAUCUUUCAAGGGCCAAGAGAAUAAUAAUAAUAAUAAGCCUAAGAUUGGUUUCGAAUCUCUUGCAUCAGCUGGAUUGGUGACCAUAACCACAACUACUGAUAUUGUUGAUACAAUUCAUCGACCAUAUAGUACUCAAAUUGGUGCACAUCAUGUUCCCACACGCAAUGGUGUUGUGGGUACCACUGAAUUGAGGAGUGCACCUAGAACUUCACCAGGACCUGCUCAAUUGACCAUGUUUUACGCUGGUUCUGUCUGUGUUUACGACAAUAUUUCACCAGAGAAGGCUCAAGCUAUUAUGUUACUUGCUGGAAAUGCACCAAUUAGUACAACAAUUCGAAAUUUUCCUUCUCAUGAUCAUAAUAAUAAUAAUACGAAUGAAACAACAAUUACCAGAUCAAUCAGAGUCCUAAAAUCACCUUCUAACACAACAGAAGUAUCCAAAAUCGAAUCUCGUCAACCUCCCAGCCAUAAUUUAUCAGCUGUUCCUCAGGCUCGCAGGGCAUCCUUGGCUAGGUUUUUGGAGAGACGCAAGGAAAGGGUAGUGAAUGCAUCACCAUAUGGAAAUGGCAAGCAAAGUUCACAACAUAUGAUGAACUUUACAAUAAACUCCUCAGGCUCCAGUACUCCACUUCCUGCUACAAAUUAGUGUCUCAAAUAUUGAAGACCAUGCAUCACAAAAUAAUUAAUGUUGAAGAUUGUAGUAAUAUUACAUUGUAAUUUUCUUUUAUUUUACCUAGAUAUGACAUUGAUUAUUAAUUAUUAUAGAUGUUUUUGUCCUUGUAAUUGUGAUAGGUAGGGAGCCAAUUUCAUCCGAAAAUACUAUAUAGGUGUUUAAUUUGUAGUAGUUUUUUUUUGCUAGUGUAAUUAAGAGAAGUUCUUUUUUUCUCUUUCAAAGUUAUGUUAAUUAUAUUGCUCUUUAUCUUUUUCAUAGGAACAUGCAUG